AUGGCGCCUGGCAAAAAAAAAGGGAAAAGUGCCGAAUCGCUCGAAGACGAAAGGUACGCACGGCUAAAAAAUCGGGUGGAUGAGAUCGAAAGAAGUAUCGACUUGUCCAUGGAGCAGAUUAAUGCAAAAUUUGAAGGAAAACCACCCCCUACUGUUCCUGAUUUAUCGGUUCUCAUUGAGAAGGUCAAACAAUUGGAAGACAGUGUAGCAACGGCAGAAAGUGUAGCAACUUUGGAAGGAAGAUUUUCCGAACUUGAAACAAAAUACCAAGAAAUGUAUUGCCACCUGGAAGCCGAGGCAACAGCUUUAAAAGAUCUCAAUACACGAUUUGCACAAUUGGAAGAGAGCGCGGUAGCCUCCAAUCAGUUGGUGCAAAAAAUUUGCAAACUCGAAUCGAAAUGGCAAGAAAUGCAUGGCCGCAUGGAAGUGGAAUUGCAGAAAACCGGGCAACUUACGAUUAUCCCCUGCGAUAACAUCUUAGCCAACCCCAAUCAGGCCCGGACAGCAGCCUUAGAGUCAAAUUUUGAAUUAAUGCGGAAAACUUUGCAGACAAGUCAGGAAGCAGCUUCCAAAGACCGGGAGGAGCUCCUAAAGCACCGAUCCGAAAUGAGUCAACUUCAUAAUCUCGGCCAACAAAUCCUCAAGCAGAUGGCGCACCUCGAAAAAUCAUCGCGUCAGACAGGUUCCCGUAUUGAGUCUAUUUUGCGAGGAGGUAAUUCAGUCAUCAAGCGCCAAGACGAGAUCGAUGGCAAGCUCGAAGCAAUUAAGGGAACUGUUUCAGAUUUGUCAAACCAGAUGAUGUCGAUGGCUCAAGCGACUGAAAUCGACGAUUCACCAACUGACAUUGAUGCCGUCAUGGAAAACCUGAAAAAGAAGUAUGAUGAACUCCUGCAAGAUCUCCAACCCAGACUUGAACAGGCUACGCAGAACUCUCAAGACAUUGAAAUUCAACGACAAAAGCUAGAUUCCUUAAACGCUAAAAUACCACAAUUUGAUCAAGUCUCGCAGGACCACAGGAAGCUUCUAGAUAAAGUUGCAAUUUUGGAGGCAUAUAUUGCCGAUUUGCCCAGGAAUAACACCGAGCUUCAGCUUGUCGAUACAAACAUGCAAACACAAUCAAGUGACAUAAUCCAGACUGAAAGGAUUGCGGAUCUUGUGAAAAGCAAAUGCGACGAAUCCCUUUCAGCUAUACAGUGCAGCUUACGUGCUGGUCUAGAAUCGCUUGAGAAGUCUUUGCUUGUCACUCAAAGCAAUGCACUUCGGCCUGUAAUCGACGAAUCUGCACAAACGUCUACCGAACUUCGCCAACAAAGGAAACAACUUCAAUCCAUCAUAGAAGUCAAGGCUCAAAUUGAGGGAAGGAUAUUGGGCUUGGAGAAUGCUAACAAAAAAAUUGAAGCCGAUUUUACCAAUGCAAAUUCGGCUGUCCAUCGGCUCACACAAGAAUGCCAACUGAUUUCCCAGCGCCAAGAGACCACUGACAACAACAUUUCCGAGUUGUCCAGAGAGAAGAAUAUCGAGGGCCAGAUAUCAACCUUGGAAGAGACUGCUGAGGCGACUCAAUCCACAAUCCGAUUGCUCAUUGAAAAGACCGACCAGAUAGGUCCCUUGAAAGAAACUGUCAUGAAGAUUUUAAAUUUCAUCAGAGUGCAAACGAAGUCUUGCGCUGGAAAUCAAAGUUCAAGCCAAAACAAAUCAAUUGUUGAAGUGGCAAGCUCUCCAGACAAUAUUUCAAUUCAUGAAUCAGAUCCUUCUGAAGUCGAAGCAGACCGUUCCCAUUUUCGCCGCAGAAGUGGCGUCGAACAUGAAUCGGACCACGAUGAUCAAACAAAUCGACAACACGACAUUUCAGAAAGGUCUCGGCCCAGGCCUGUGCAACAGGCAAAAGAAAAAUACCACAGCCGCGCAAACUUAGGCGCACAUAGCAACCCCGAAGAAGAAUCCGAUCUCUCGCCUGCCGGAAAUGACCCAUCAACCUCGCGCCGAGAGUCUCGGCCAAAGCCUGUCCAACAGGCAAAAGAAAAAUAUCACAACCGCGCAAACUUGGGUGUACAUAGCGACCCUGAUGAAGAAUCCGAUCUCUCGCCUGCCGGAAAUGACCCAUCAACCUCGCGCCGAGAGUCUCGGCCCAAGCCUGUCCAACAGGCAAAAGAAAAAUAUCACAACCGCGCAAACUUGGGUGUACAUAGCGACCCUGAUGAAGAAUCCGAUCUCUCGCCUGCCGGAAAUGACCCAUCAACCUCGCGCCGAGAGUUUCGGCCAAAGCCUGUCCAACAGGCAAAAGAAAAAUACCACAACCGCGCAAACUUGGGUGUACAUAGCGACCCUGAUGAAGAAUCUGAUUCCUCGCCUCCCCGAAAUAACCCAUCAACCUCGCGCCGACCGCUUACACCAGACAAACUCACUAAACACCAAAAAUUUGUCCGCGCAGACAAAAAUAAUAAGAGUAGUAGACCAAAAAGAAGAAGUUUGCGAAAGGAGCGCGAGGACAUGGAACCUUCCGAAAAAGACGAUGAUAUAAACUUAGCCAAAGCAGUACAAGCGCACAUCCGCAUUCUAAUGGGACUUCCCAGGCAGAAAGAUGCCUUUCCCCGCUCACCCACACCAGAAGAACUAAUAAGUCUGCCUGAGUUGGAAGGGGGCUCAGCCCCAUUGCCUGUCUCUGCCCCUUACAAAAUAAAGAAGGUGGUCAAAACUUGGGAUCCCGAAGACGAAAUGGGCGACGGUUUCGCUUCAUAUUGCCUUGAACGUAUCAAGCAAUACGGGCUUCCAUUUGUGGGACUCAGUAUUUCUCUUGAAAAUCCCAAGGCGCUCGAAUGGAACCGCAGGACCGCCGCCUUCUGCCAUGACACAUUUUACCGCGCGACAGUAUCCGGUGACUACGGCCAAAUUUUCCGGUCCGGUUACGACUUGCACGAUGGUGGAUUGGCUAGAGCCGAGACUCUGAUUCAAAUGAACCUGAACUACCGUAUCACCGAAAUGACGAAAGACUUGAAACGUGCAAGAGGCGGGAGCCAUCUGGCUUCUUUAUCCGAUAACUGUGACAGGCCGAACGAUUCUGAAGAUGGAGCGUUAAGAGCGAGGAGAUUGCGAGAAUCUGACGAGCAGAAAGAUCGGAGAUAUGCCCGACAGGUAGCUUUGGCUGAGAGACGAUAUCAGACAUCCUGCGCAAUUCCUGAGCUUCAUAAAUAUCGCCAUCUUUUUCGGGAUGAACGUCUUUGUUCUUCCGAUGAAUCCGACUCGGAUUCAGGCGACACCAGAAUAAGACAUGCGCCUGUGUGGCGUAGUAACAAGGCGACUGCGCUGGUUGAACGAAUUGACGAGCUUACCAAAACAAUUCGUACGAAAUCGAGAGCUGGUAGAAAGCCAGCGAAACGUCUCAAUCGGGGGGCCGAGGCUCCACUUGGAGGUUUGGUAGUAACUCCACGUCAACUUCCUCAGGACUGUUAUGGAAGUUUGUGGCUGAGUUCCCUGUCUGCGGAAAAAAGGAAAGGACUGCGACUCGAACCCACCAUUUUUGAUGAAUGA